AUGAGCGUGGAGAAUCCUUGCGAAGAGGCUCUCUCCAGCUUGCUUCUGGAGGAUGUCAAGCAGAGGCUGCAGAAAGCAUUUCGGGAACAGAGGACAGCCUCGUCCCCUCAAGCACUGAGACCGGCAGCAAGUAAGGACAGAGGAAAGAGGACCCUGGCUGCCCAGGAGGAGCUGCGCAGGGCACGCAUAGAGGGGGCCAUUGCCUGGCUACGGGUAGAACUGCUGGAGAUGAAGUCUCAGAACCGCCAGCUUGCCAAAACUCUGCUAGAUUUAAGCACAGACAUACAGAGACUGAGAAAUGAAACAGAGAUAAUGGCAUCUGUAGAGUCAAAGACCUUGAGCAUUGCUGCAAGCCCAGAAUAAUAAUGAUAAUAAUAAUAAUAACUCGG